GUAGAACAAAAGCAACUAAACAUUAACGAAAAGAGGAAAAAAGGGGGAAAUGGCAGAGGAAGGGAAGCCAGAUGCGCAAUUGUUCCAGCUGCUCUCCGGUCUCCUCCACCAGGUUCUAUCUACCUCCUAUUUCAUACGAUUCUUCCUGAUUUAUUCAGCUAUCCCAAUUAUGAGGUUGACACUCAUCUGGGUGUGCUUGCUUUCUUGAAAUUCAUGAUCUGGGUCUUCUACUAAUGUGUUCUUCAAGCCAUUUUAGGUUGAUUGAGAGAAAGUAGAACCUUUAUACCUGUUCAUAGCCGAUAUAUAUAGUUUUAAAUGGUUCUUGAGACAGUAAUAGGUCUUCUUAUAUGUUUAUGAAGAAACAUGCUCAUGCCUGUCUACACUGGUAUACAAAUGUCAUGUUCUUUGAUGCACAUCUCUUCGGAGCCACGUUCUAAAUAUUUUUAAUUUUUUGGUUCCUGUUGUGCGUAUUUUUGCGGCAGAGAAUGUCAAGGGUGAUGUUCUGUUCCUCAAGCAUGUUUUGAUUUGUUUCAUUGCAAAUGAUGAGACGCUCAGGUCCUACAGAGAAAGUUAUGAUCAUGCAUUUGAAAAUGAAACCGAGGUUCAUUGCCUUUUUCUAUAGGAGUUUGAGACGCAGGUAGGAGGGACUGACUGGCCUAGCUUUCUAUUCUAAUGGACAUAUAUGGAUCGUGUCGCGGUUGGAGCAGAACUAGUGAACUACCAUUGCUGGGAAUAUGCAUUUUGUUGAUAUGCUUGCUGGUGCGUAAGGUCACUGAAGCCCACAACAAUUUUUCAUGGUUUUUACACCCCAACCCUGUUGUCUAACCCCUAAAACAUGACAAAUAUCUGGUAUUACUUCAUGAUAUUUAGACCAGUGUUAUUUACCAUGGCGUGUAUCUGUCAGUGGCAGAAUGAUGGUCAUUUGUAAUCGUAUAAUGUGAAACACUGUGAUGAAAUUUUGCGAUUAGUAGCAAAAACAAAACAAGUUGUAGACAGCUUUUUGGGUAGCAGUCAGAUGUUCAAUCAGAAGAGUAACAUUUUCGAACACCUUGCUCUGAAGAUUGUGUUUGUGUAUGUCUUUUUGUUUAAGUUCAAUCCCACCGAUGGAUCUGUUUUGGUCGGCAUUGCUGUUUUCAACCUGCCCUGAACGUUCUCCUAUUAUUCCUUCCCUGAUAAGAACUUUCCCCAAAAUUAACUUGUUAACAAAUUCUAUGAUGCAGGUGGAAGCAUUGACCAAUCAAGAAGAAGUCGAAUUGCGAUCAAAAAUUGAAGCCCUUGGAUUAGAGGUUACCAAAGUUCCCUCAAAGUCAAGUCAGCAUCUUGAUGAGCUGGAAAUAGCCAAGGAAUUGGAUAAGUUAUCGGCAAAGCUGGAUGAUGUAGAUGAAAUGAUAUCUUCUGCAAUGGCUUCAGAUCCCCAGGUCAAGUCACUAUUGAGCGGUACUGCUGAUGUAUGGAUGCCGGUCAUUACAGCUAGUGCUGAGGAAUGACGAACUUUCACAGCAUCAAUUGCAGAUGAUAAUCCAGAACCAAAAGGGAAAAGUCUCACUUAGUUGUCGAGUUGUAUUAUAUAUAUAAGAAAUUCAGGAUAUUGCUUUUACAUGUUUGUUUAAUCCACCAAAUAAGAAAAAUACAGUCUUCUUUAUCCCCUAAUGGUUGUAAAAUGUGACUUGUCUUUGCAUACAAUCCAGCGGAGUAGGGCUGAUAGUGGACUGGAAAUCCAUUGAUGGAUGAUGCUCAUCUGACCAAGCUGUGUUACAUAAACACACAGCAGCGGAAAUUAAAUUCAUAACCUCUUCCAUGUCCCAGAAAGACAAGUGUACGUAUGGCAUGGAUGUGGGGUGAACGCCAAUACUUAUCCAGAAUUCAUGGCAUAGAACUCAUUAUAAACCUGGUAG